GGUUUUUCUCCAUUUCAAUAAAUGCCUCUCUCCGCAGAGAGCGACACUCACUGAUAGAUGAGUUUAUGGAUAAUUCAUAAUAAUUGAUCAAGAGUUGGGGAAGCUGAGAUAGAGAGCUAAAAAAUUGGGAAUCUUUUUUCUGAAGAAUUUUGAUGGCGGGGUGGUGGUGGGAGAGUAUGAAAGAGCUCCGGCCGCUGGUUCACCUGCUCUUCCCUCUGUGCGUGCACUGGAUUGCGGAGGAGAUGACGGUUUCUGUGCUGGUUGACGUCACCACAAAUGCUCUUUGUCCAGGUCAGCUGACCUGCCCUCAGGCCAUCUACAUCAAUGGCAUCCAGCAAACGGUCGUUGGCAUAUUCAAGAUGAUAGUUCUUCCACUCUUAGGUCAGCUGGCCGAUGAAUAUGGGCGUAAACCGUUGCUUCUUCUCACUGUAUCAACCACUAUUUUUCCUUUCACUUUACUUGCCAUCAAUCAAUCAAAAGGAUCUGUAUAUGCUUAUUACGGUAUAAGAACUGUUUCUUAUAUCAUAAGCCAAGGGAGCAUUUUCUGCAUUUCCGUUGCUUAUGCAGCAGACGUUGUUGAUGAGAGUCGCAGGGCUGCUGCCUUCAGUUGGAUCACAGGACUAUUCUCUGCAUCGCAUGUCGUAGGGAACCUUCUAGCACGUUUUCUUCCGGAAUAUUACAUUUUCGAGGUGUCAAUAGCUCUAUUGAUCUUUUGUUCUGUUUACAUGGCAAAAUUUCUCAAAGAAACAGUAAGACCAACUCAGACACCGGCCCAGAAUAUCCCUUGCUUGAAGAAGCCGUUUGAGAUUGUUAAAGAACGAUAUUACUCGAUGAAGAAUGCUGCAUAUGUUGUAACUAGCAGCUCAACGCUUAAGCGCAUUUCUCUCAUUUCCUUCUUCUAUGAACUGGGCAUGUCUGGAAUUAGCGGUGUUCUAUUGUACUAUUUGAAGUCGGCUUUUGGUUUUAACAAAAAUCAAUUAUCAGAAAUCUUGAUGAUGGUGGGAGUAGGCUCGAUUUUUUCUCAGAUGCUGUUGCUUCCUCUGCUCAAUCCAUUGAUCGGAGAGAAACUGAUUCUCUGUGCAGCCUUACUCGCAUCUAUAGCAUAUGGCCUGUUUUACGGGUUGGCCUGGGCAUCAUGGGUGCCCUAUUUGAGCGCUUCUUUUGGAGUCAUCUACGUACUCGUGAAACCUUCCACAUAUGCAGUGAUAUCCAAGGGAUCAACCUCAGCCAAUCAGGGGAAAGCACAAGGUUUUGUAGCUGGUGUACAAUCCAUUGCAAGUCUGCUUUCACCACUUGCAAUGAGUCCUCUAACCACAUGGUUUCUAUCCAGCAAUGCUCCGUUCGACUGCAAAGGUUUCAGCAUCAUAUUUGCAUCUCUAAGCAUGGUGGUUUCGUUUUGCUUUGCUUGCACGUUAAAUCUAGAAGAUGCUCCUCCGACCAAGAAAGGUCUAGAAGACAUCGAAACACCUCUUCUUUCAUGAGAGGAUUGAUGAUUUUUGAAGCAUUAGGAGGUAGUAAAAUGGAAUAUGCAUAUGAAAAGUAGUUUUGUGUAGAUAUGCUAAUGUUGUGAUGUAAUGUUCUUAUACAACCUUCAAUUGUAUCAUAUGAAUCUUGAUUUAUUCUUGGAAAUAAAAUAUAACUACAACCAACUUUUUAGU